UCACGCGCGUGAGAAGCACACAUCUUGAGCUCAGCUCGUUUCCGACUCCGACUCCUAGCUUUUGCAUUGUGUGUAGCAUCCCAAGUCCUGGAAACUAGCUCAUGGAGGCUUCAGCUGCGUCACUUCUCCCUCCUGCUCGGAAGCUGCUGCUUGCUCUGGUCCUGCUGCUCCUCCUCGCAGCCGGAUCGCUGCCUCGCCAAGCUUCAGCUGACUAUGGAGAUGGAGUGCGAUACGACUACAGAGCUUACACCGAGUGCAAACCUCACCCUGAGCCUGCUCUGUACAAUGGCGGCGUCCUCCGUUGGGCGAGCAAGAUAACGGAUUUCAGAACGGAGGACGAGGGGAACUACUCUCCGGCAUUCGUGCUCUACAACAUGUCGGCGGCGAUCGCAUACAUCUUCUCCUGUUGGGUGAAAAUUGAUGGACCAGCAAGUGCACAUGUGAAGGCAAAGAUACUGACCCUAGAGAGCGCAGCGUCGCAAUGCAUCGGCACAGCUCUCGUGCGAAACGACUGCUGGUCUUUCCUCAAAGGUGGUUUUGCUCUCAACUCCUCGUCUCAAACUUCAGUUCUCUAUUUCCAGACCGCAAGCCCAAACGCCUCCACAAUCUCAAUCAGAAGCGCCUCCUUGCAACCCUUCUCACCCGAGCAAUGGAAUCAGCACAGGGAGGACCGUAUUCAGCUGAUCCGGAAGCGUUUCGUCAACGUCCAUGUCUCCGACGGCAACGGCAGCCGCGUGGUUGGGGCGAAGGUCGCCGUGCGCCAGAUCACCCGGGAUUUCCCCUUUGGCUCCGCCAUCAGCAGGAGCAUCAUCGGUAACAAGCCGUACCAGGAGUGGUUCACCAAGCGGUUCAACGCGGCGGUGUUCGAGAACGAGCUCAAGUGGUACGCGACGGAGCCGUCGCCGGGGAAGGAGGACUACGCGGCGGCGGACGAGCUGCUGCGGUUCGUGCAGUCCAACGACGUGAUGGCGCGCGGGCACAACAUCUUCUGGGAGGACCCCAGGUACACGCCGGCGUGGGUGAAGAACCUGACCGGCUCGCAGCUCCGCGCCGCGGUGGCCGGCCGGAUCAGCAGCCUGCUGUCGCGGUACAAGGGCGACUUCGUGCACUGGGACGUCAGCAACGAGAUGCUGCACUUCGACUUCUACGAGAACCGGCUGGGCGGCAACGCCACCGCCGAGUUCUUCGACACGGCCAGGCGCGCCGACCCGCUGGCCACGCUCUUCCUCAACGACUUCAACGUCGUCGAGGCCUGCGACGACCUCAGCUCCAGCGCCGACUCCUACACCGCCCGGCUCCGGCAGCUCGCCGACGGCGGGGUCACCUUCGAGGGCAUCGGGCUGGAGGGCCACUUCGGCAAGCCCAAUAUUCCCUACGUGCGCGCCGUGCUGGACAAGCUGGGGACGCUGCGCCUCCCCAUCUGGCUCACCGAGGUCGACAUCAGCAGCUCCUUCGACCACAAGACUCAGGCCGCCUACCUGGAGGAGGUGCUCCGGGAAGGAUUCGCCCACCCGGCGGUGGACGGCAUAAUGCUGUGGACGGCCAUGGGCGCCAACGCCAGCUGCUACCAGAUGUGCCUCACGGACGCCAACUUCACCAACCUCCCCGCCGGAGACGUCGUCGAUAGGCUCCUCGAGGAGUGGCAGACCAGGGAGGUGCUGGGCGCCACCAACGACCGCGGCUCCUUCAACUUCAGCGCCUUCCUGGGCGAGUACAAGCUCAGCGUCAACUACCAGAACCUCACCGCCGAGGGCACCUUCUCGCUGGCUCGCAGCGACGACACCAAGCACAUCAACGUCCGUCUUCUGUCAGGACCGGCCUGAUAUGGAAAGGAGGCGAAACCGCAGCUCCGCGC